AUGGCUAUAGAACCAGUGAUCCCUCCGCCUCCAGGGCUCACCUCCAAUUUCGAACAUCCGAGAGAUGUCCUCCACACAGUCAAUCUGGUAACGCAAAUCUUGUGUAUCGUCGUUGUGACAGUUGCUGUGACAUUGCGUAUAGUCAUCAAGAUACGCCUUCGAAAGAAGCUAGAAUUGGAAGACUACACCACUGUUGUAGGAUGGGUACUCUUCGUUGGGUUCUGCGUGAACAUGCUCGUGCUGAACGCUUACGGGGGUGGAUAUCAUGGAUGGGAUGUCCCAAAGAAUGACUUCGUGGAUUUCCAGAAGUUACUAACAAGCAUACGAGCGAAGGCAUCCUACGCAAUCACCCUUAUUUACGUCCCCACGGUUUUUGUCGUCAAGCUCGCCCUACUCUCAGUCAUGCUACGGAUUUUCGCCCCCGACCGUCGCAAGGUCCUCGUUAUUCACAUCAGCUUGAUUGUGCUCUUGCUCUACUACAUUCCAGCCUUGUUUAUCAAGGUGUUCUUCUGCAAACCCAUUUCGGCAUAUUGGUACGGAACGGGCGACGGCGGGACCUGUAUAGACCAGCAGAAGGUCAUUAUCGCCGACUCAGCCAUCAGUAUCGUCAGCGACCUGUGGAUCCUCAUCCUACCGGUCCCGAUGCUGUGGUCACUGCACAUGUCGCGAAUGAAAAAGCUCCGGGUCAUCGGUAUCUUAGGCGCGGGUGGGAUAGCCACUGCAUUUAGUAUUUGGCGAUUAGUGAUCAUGGUCGAGGAGGCCCCGACAACAGACAUAACAUGGUUUUGGAUUCAUGCCGUGUUGACAGCAAACGCCGAAGCAGGUAUCGGGCUCAUAUGCGCGUGUCUGCCCGCAUUGAGCGCAUACUUCGUCUCUGUCAAGAACAAGAGCAGCAACGCCAAUAGUGGCAGUUAUUUGCAUAGCCAUGAGCUUGACAAUUGGAAGAAGAUUUCUAACUCCAGGAAAAACCGCACUGAUACGAACUCCUUCCAGACACAGCAGAAUGACCAGGCGCACCUCAUCUCCACUGCUGAAUGUGCUGAGGCGCCUGAGGGAUCGUUAUCGAGUCUGCCCUCUCAACAGAAUAAUUAUUCUGAUCGGCACGUUAUACAUAAGGAUGUUGCCGUUUCUCAGAGUUAUGAAUUUGUGAGAUAG